AAGAAGCUCGUCGUUAGCCACACCGGCCUUUUGGUUGCAAUAGAGAUUUCGGAUUAAUCGUAAAGUAUAAUUCGUGGUAACGAUGGCGACAGCCAAGUUCAAAGACACAUCCCCCUACGUCAAGCCGAAGCCUUCACCACCGGCAGAAGAUUUCCUCUAUAGAAAAUACUUGGAAAACAUCGCUCUGAAGAUGGAUAAUCAGGAGGAUCCGAUAAUCAAAGUAGCUCUGUUCGGCGUGGGUCGCGCCGGAGUGAUACAUUUAGAGAACAUAACUUCCAGUAGACGUGUUCAACUUUUAUACAUUGUUGAUGAUGUCGAGAGCAGUUGGCAAAGUAUGCGGAAGUACUGGCACCUGGAUAACGUUGUCUUCCUAAAUAGCAAGCAGUCUGACAAAGUAUUCAAAGAUCCUAACGUCGACGCGGUCGUAGUGGCGUCGCCGACCUACACGCACGAGAACAUCGUUAUCAAAGCUCUGGAAGCGAAAAAGGCGGUCUUCUGCGAGAAACCAAUAGCGGAGAAUCGUGCGGACACCGUCAAGUGCUACGAGAUAGCCAAGAAAGUCGGCAAACCGUUGUUCACCGCGUUCAACCGGCGAUUCGAUCCAAGCUACUCAAAUGUGCGAGACCGAGUUCGCAAAGGGGAGGUCGGACACGUUCACACAAUUAAAACUGUCUCCCGCGACUCUCCCCUGCCCUCCAUAGAGUACUUGAGAGUAUCCGGCGGUAUUUUCCAUGACUGUCUGGUCCACGACAUCGAUAUGAUCACCUGGGUUCUCGGAGAAUUCCCAGAUAAGGUUUCGGUUCUGGCUGACUCGAACGUUCCGGAGAUCAAGGCAAUCGACGACUUCGACACGGUCGGAGUGACCAUGCACUUUCCGUCAGGAACCAUCGGCAUGAUCGAUUUGUCGCGCAACAGCUCGUACGGAUACGAUCAACGACUGGAGGUCUUCGGUCCGGGGGGCAUGGUGCAAGCCAACAACGAACAGCCAAACUCCGUUUGUUUGCAGCGUGAUCUGCAUGGACCGACCACCGCCCCGAUCUGUUACUCGUUCGCUAGUCGUUUCAUGAACGGCUACCGAAGAGAGUUUGAUCACUUUAUCGAUGUGGUGCACGGUAAGGUCGAGUCGAUGGUCAAGUCGAGGGAAAUCCUGGCAGUGAGCAAGAUCGCUACAGCCUGCGAAGAGUCCGCUCGUACGGGGAAAAUCGUGAAUCUCAAGUGGUCGGACAGCGAGUUGCCCGAUAAUUGAUGAGCGACAAGACUUGAAACUGUUUCUUUACUUAUGUAGCAUCUUCUUUGAUACUAUUCUGAUAAAUUGCCCAAUUAUAAUAAAAUUUUUUAAUGAAUAACAUUCACAGAAGUGUAUGAAAAGACAUUUCUGUGAGUGCUAUUUAUUUAAAAAUCUACAUGCAGGCCCUUCUUUCACCUAGAGGAUUGUACCCGAGAGAUAAGAGUGCGGAUAUUAUGCAGUAAUGCUUUAAUAAAUGAUUCUCAAAAAUCCA